CCGGCGCAGACACUUUCUGGAAAAUCCUCUUCAUUACUCACAGGCCUUGAAUAUUUAUGUGAAUAUUUAAAUCUGGUGUAAUUAUAGUUUCACACCCACAGACAUGUCAGGCUUUGUUGUUUUUGCACUAGUACUCUCAUUAUCCGCGACGGUGCCUUGUCUGGGCUUUCCUCCGUCAGUCGCGGCGGCGCCGCAGCCCUGUCUGGCGCCGCUACAGUGGGAGGGUCGCACCGUUGAGUAUGAUCACGGGACGGGACGAAACACGCGGGCAGCGGUCUCCUAUGAUGCGCAGAAUCAGCGAAUUAGGGUCCUGGAGCAGAAGACAGGACACACACCAUGUAAGAAGUUCUUUGAGUACAUCUACUUGUUCAAGAGUGGAGUGCUUUUCCAAAUUGAGGAAAUUACCAAGCAGUGUGCAAAGAUCGCUCUGACGGAGGCCUGGGACCCUUAUGAUAUCCCCCUGAACUCCACAUAUGAGGACCAGUAUUUCAUUGGAGGACCUGGAGACAUGAUCGAGGUCCAAGAAUGGUCUGAUCGGAAACCAGCUCGCAAAAAUGAAGCUUGGGUCGGUGUGUAUACUCUGAAGGACUGCUAUCCCGUGCAGGAGACAUACACCAAAAACAGUAGCGUGACCACAUCUACUCGCUUCUUUGACCUUCAGCUGGGCAUCAGUGACCCUGGGGUGUUCGACCCGCCCAGCACUUGCCAGUCAGCUCUGACUGAGAAGAUGACAUCUGACUGUUGAAUACCUCACUCUGCUUUACAUGCACAAUAUACAUUAACCACUAUACAGUAGGCUUUAAUAAACAGCUUCUAAAUAAAUGAAAUUAGACUGUCAAAGAGCACAUGAAAUGAGUGCAGGUACUGUUAAAUAUAUUCAGCUUUGAAAUGAACAAAAAUAUCAGUUUUAAGUUCAAUAAUUCUUGUUGAUUUACAGUGUGAACUGUGCCUCAUAUUAUUGAAGCCUCAUUUUUAAUACGCCAAAUUUGGGGCAAAUUAGAACUGUGUUGUUCUGAUCUAGGAUGGACUAAUGUGGCACUGAAUGUUUUGUUUGACAGUUAAUAUUCUGUUUAUCUACUUAUUGUUUUAUUUAGCCUUUAAGAUAAUUUACAGU